AACGAUUCUGAGGUUUUAUUUUCUUUGAUACUUAUAGAAAAUUCGAAUUUUUGUGGUAUCUUUAUGUGGACUGCACAUUUAUUAUAUUAUUCAAACAGUAAAACUAUAUUUAAUUUGAGAUGUAAUAAAGUAAUUCAAUUCAAUCAGUAGGUUCAUUAAUAUUACUUUAUUUAUUUCUUUACCUUGGGAUUUGCGGAUUAUGUAUUUACUAUUUUAACCUACAACAUCAUUCCGCACAUACAUAUUUUUUAUUUGUUAUUUUUUGAGAUAUACUAACCUCCUAAUAUUUUUUGCAGAACUGCUAUACAUUUUAUUAAUAAGUAAUCGGUAGUAGUGGUAAUAAGGAAAGGGUUUAAACAUUUAGAUCAAUACAUCGUGCAAAGUGUGUUGUCAGCAAGCUUAGCCGUCGAUCCAGCUGUUAAAAUAAGCAAUGGCAUACAUUUUUGGCGGACAGUCCCGUUGCAUUGAAUUUCGCGGUGCCUCCAAAGCGCUGGCUGGUCACUGCUCUUCCGGUGUUCGGGCCAACCAACGGUCGAUUUAUUCAUAUUAGGGAAGUACACAACUACAAAUUAUCAUUCUAAUGUAUAAGCUAGAGCUUAUUUGCAUAGGUUUGUGAAUAAUCUAGGAAACCAAAUAUGUACCUAAGUUUAUUAUUUACAUAAAGCAAAUCUUUUAUAUUUAAAUGUUCUACUCGAUCAAAAAUUAGCACUUUAUAGUUCAAUAUUUCGCAAACGGAACGUUUAAUUGAAAAAUAGUCUUACAUACCCCUAAGAAAUUUGAAAAUGACCUAUUCAACGAUACAACACACGAUGGGGUAGACGAUGAUAAAAAUCAUCCCCAGGUUACAUGUAGGCAAGCUACCCUAAAAAAAAAAUUUUUUUCAAAAUUUUAUUCUACCAUUUUGUUGAUAUAUGAUUGAUAUACAAAUCUACAGCUUACAGCUCUCUAGUGCUAACAGUCUCUAAGCAAAACCGAGGACGGACAGACAGGCGGACAUGACGAAACUAUAAGGGUUCAGGACUACGGAACCCUAAAAAAAGAUCAAAAGUUUACACAAAAUCAAAUGCAUAAGUAAAUUGAGAGAAAUCAAGAAACACCAUCGAUCAACAAGCAAGAAGACCAAAUUAAAAGCUGUUAGUGUGAUGUCUACUUCAAUAAAAAUAUGAGAUUGUAGUGCAUCGCUGGCGAUAUGGAGGCGACCAACAACCUCAAGAAGUUGGGUCAUAAAGAAAUUAAGUUUAUUCAUAUCGCGCGUUCGCCGCAGCGGGCGGUGGCCAGCCGGCAGGAUGAUGGACUGUCUGUGUCCGGCGCCAAGGACGCUCGCCUGCCGCGUCGUGCUGCUGGACGAACGGGAGCUACUGCACGAGAUCCAGGACAAUAGCACGGGUCAAGCUCUGCUAGACGUGGUGUUCAAGCAUCUGGAUCUCUUAGAGACGGCCUACUUUGGACUGCGUUACGUUGACCAGGAUAAUCAGACGCAUUGGUUGGACUCUACCAAGCGGCUGCGGCGGCAGCUCAGAGGUUCCGACACACACACAUUUUAUUUCGGGAUCAAGUUCUACGCUGCUGACCCGUGCAAACUGCUCGAAGAGAUUACACGGUACCAGCUGUUUCUGCAGUUGAAACAAGAUGUCCUGCGCGGUAGACUGCCUGUCAGUUUCGAUCUUGCAGCAGAAUUAGCAGCUUUCGUCCUACAAUCGGAAUUGGGUGACUAUGAUCCCCGACGACACUCGCCCGGCUACGUGUCUGAGUUCCGGUUGCUGGCACACCAGACGCCCGAGUUGGAGGCACGCGCCGCCGAGAUACACAGGACACUUACCGGAAUAUCACCGGCGCAGGCUGAAUUGAGUUACUUGGACAAAGUGAAAUGGCUGGACAUGUAUGGCGUCGAUCUGCAUCCCGUGCUGGGCGAAGACAGCGUAGAAUAUUUCCUAGGGCUGGCACCGAGCGGAUUGCUGUUGCUGCGCGGAAAACAUACGGUGGCGAACUAUUAUUGGCCGAGAGUGUCGAAACUGUACUACAAGGGACGCUAUUUCAUGCUACGAGUGGCUGAUAAAAAUAAUGAGACAUCAACAUACGGGUUCGAGUCGCCGACGCGGUCCGCGUGUCGUCACCUCUGGCGUUGCUGCUCAGACCAUCACGCUUUCUUUAGGUUGCAACAAACCGCACCUGCCUCCGCCGAUAUCUUCGCUAUGGGAUCAAGGCUUAGAAACAGCGGGCGAGGAUCAAGGCCGCGCCCCCCGCCGUCAUUCACCAGGACUCCGUCCAGGCGCAACGCACGGCCGCACCUAUUACACACCUCGCUACACGAUGUGCCAAAAUUAGAAGACUUGAGAAUAAAAGACUGUCCCCCAGAAGUUAAACAACCUACCUCAGUACAUCGGCCUAAUUCAAUAAGCGGUGAAGUGAACGGGCUGGAGCCGCCCGUGGGCCCGGGCGGAUCGCCUCGGUCCACUCGGUCCGCCCCGACGAGGCGCGGCCUCUACUCCGCCUCGCCAACGACGACAAGGCCGCCGCCGGCACCGCGCCAUCGGUCCGCGUCCGUCGAUUCGCAGAGUUCAAAUGACUCGCGGUCGAAUCGCAAGCACAAGCAUCGGUCUCGAAGGCAGCAAUCUGAUGCCGAGAGCGAGCUGUCACGUGGCUCCGGUCGCUCCGGGCGGAGGCAUCGCCGGCACCGCUCCCGGCACAAGCACGAGUCGGGGUCCGAGAAGGAUGACUCGCAACCCGACACCAAAGAAUACGAGUUGGUUGAAUCAGAAUCACAAUGGAAAGAAGUUUUACGGCAAACUAAUGCUGGUACUGGUGUGCAGGUAGCAAAUGUUCGCCGGUCACAAAUGGAACCGGAAACUGGAACCCACCGCUCAUCUCAUAGGCAUCGGAGACAUAGAAAGCAUCGGUCGCGGUCUGGUUCUCCUAACGACAAAAAAUGGCUACCCACGGAAUUAAAACAACACUUAGAGUUUUCGUUGGUGGACACGACGGGGAUGACUGAGGAGCAACUGAAAGAAAUACCAUAUACGGUGGUACAGACCAGCCAUGCGCGGCAGACUAAAUUGCGGACCUCAUCAAAACACAGACAGACAGAACAUGGUUCGUUAGCAAGGAGAGAUAAGAGCUCCUCUUCUCACAAAACAAUCCAUGAGAACCAUCAUCAAGGCUCACUUAGAUCAAGUUCGAGUACAUUUAGCACACACAGAACAAGUGCGGAAAGGCAUGGCAGGCGCAUAUACCCGACCUAUGACGAGUCCAUGGGACGCGCCGGUGACGACUUCCUCACCAACAAUGGGUAUAAAGGGAACGUUACUCCAGUAUCGAACAAUAACAACCCGUAUAGUCCAGUAACCAAUAGCAACAGUAAUAGUUCCAGCGGCGAGCUGAUUUCAGGCAGUGCGAGGGUCUCCCAUGAACACACGGAUUCAGGACUAGGAGCUGACCAGGACUACGCGUAUUCAUCCGAGAGGUCGAGCGACAGCGCCAAGUGUGGAGCGGGCGGUUCCACAGCGCCAGUGAGUAGGCAGUGGUGCUACGGCGCGACGACGGGCGGUGGUGGCGGUGGCGGGUGCGGGUGGGGCGGGGCGGUGUCGCGGCGGCCGCCGGCCGCGCCGGGCCGCGCGCGCGCCGUCGUCACCGGCUCCCAGCGCUCGCUGCUGUCGGUGGCCAGCGACAGCGCGGCCACGCGCCGCGACCGCCCCGCCCGCAGGCCCGUGCCCCAGGACGCGACCUUUUCCCUCUUCAGACAUGCUAGCAACAACAACAUAUUGGUCGGCGAGAGCGGUUCGCUGGCGCGGCGAUACGCGCGGCCGUCGCGCGAGAACCGCGACUGCAACGCGAAUCUGGCUCGCACGCACUCGCGGCUUGCUGCCCGCCACGACAACACUCUCGACAUUAUCCUAAAACCUCUCAUAGAAAGCACGCAGCUGCAGAGCAAUUGAAUUCGACGAGUGAGGUAACAUCUGGUAACUCGGAGACUGCUUUUGAAACUUCAACCGGCAGCGCGGUCCCCGGUGCCGCUGAAAUGAGCACCGAACUUUAAAUCCGUACUUAUUACUGACGUCCUGUUUACUGAGAUUAUUAUUAAUCCCUCGUUCUAUUUUCGAACAAGCAGAUUAUUUUACCUGAUUUGUAAAUAUUUUCUAAGGGUAAUAAGAAUUUUUCAAUCUAAUGUUUGUAAUGUAUAUCGCUAGAAACGUGAAGAUAUUCGCCCGCAUAAAUCGGUUACAUAGAAAGUAUCGUUGAGAGACUUAUGGGAAGUAAUCUCAUAAGGAAACGUAAGCAGAAGAGUAUAUCAUAAUGUUCGUACGUACGUGUAUCUUUUGUAGAAGGGUGGGCAAAAUAUUAUAGAGGAGAUUUAUGGGAAUACGCAAGAUUGUGGUAAUCUUUGGUCUCUCCGGAAUGCCAACAAAUGUCGGUAGCUAAGUAGUUAGGAGGCCGUAUUUAUGUACAUUGUACAUAUUUAUUUUUUGUACAUAAAACUACUGUCUUAAAGGUAAUUGCUUAAUAUAAUUUUGCCUAGCAUUGAGAUAAAUGAAAUACAUUUGUUUGAUGACAAAAUUGUCUGUGCCAAAGACAUUAACAGUUCUUACAUAAAACCUAAUAAUAAACUUUUAAAGAUGUCAUUAUUAUUUAUUAUAAGAAACAGGGAUAUUUUCUCUCUCCUUCCAGUUUAUUACUCUCCAGUAUCUUGAUUCACUAUAUUUAUUAACUAAUAAUGAUAUAUAUAGAGAUUUUCAUAUAAUACACAUUGUAUAUUAUUUUAUUAAAUUAUAUUACAAAAUUGUGGAUCACAAUGUUCCACAAAUACAUUUAAAAAAUCACCCUCUACAAUAAAAACAAAAGGAAUGCAUCCCCCGACUGACCUAUGGACCUAUAAUAUAAUUUUUUACAACAGGACUUUUGUACAUUAGCAUUAGUGUAUGUAUUUGAAGUUAUUAAAUAUAGAAUUUUUGAGAUGAUCCUGUUUGCAUCUGAAGAAAACAAUGACAGGUGAUAUUUGUUUUGUAUAGGUAUUGGCAGCGGCACACUUCUUGAGCAAAACGGCAGACAUAUGAACUUGCGCAGUAGAUGUUUUUGUAUGUAAAAUUGCCACUGCGCAAGCUUUCAUUUAUAUGGUCGAUGCUCAAGAAGUUUGCCACAGUGUAUACCUAGUAUGAAGCCUACGAAGUCUUCAUUUUUUUGGUUUUAUAUUCAAAAUUUUUUAGGUGUAUAAAAUAUUACAGUUCCUUAACAAAAUAUUCAUGCCCGUAAAGAUCUGUGUAAAGAGAACAUUGUUUUUCACUGAAAUUUAAAAAUUUUGGCCAAAUAGACUUAUCUUAAAAACCAAACUAUUAAAACGACAACGGGUAUAUAAAUGGUUCACCAUUCUCGUUAUAAAAUGUAUGUAGUUAUAUUCGUACUGACAUUAAAAUGAAAUGUGUACAGAUGUUAUGUAGCUUAGUGUGUAAAAUGAUUUCUGAUAUUUCUCCAUUUCUAAAUGUGAUUAUUUUUUAUUUACAUAUGCUGUAUAGAUCGAUUUAUAAAUUAGGUGUAUUUUUACUAAAACUAAAAACGAACGGUGUACUGUAACAUUCAGUUACAAUUCUUCUUUGUGUUUGUUAGGAGAGAAAUAUCAGGAAUAAGAACAGCUGACCUAAAUUCUCAGAAGUAAAUUCAGAGAAUAUUAUAUUGAAUAAUAAAAUACUCAAUAAGUACCCACGAUGAGUAUAAGUAAAUUAUGUUGUCAAUUUGUACUGUGGCGAGACUGAAAAUUUUGCGAUUGUAUAAUAUAUAUAAUAAUAUGACUUCAGCCUCAAUAAUGUAUUGUAUCCGAUGACAUUUUCGUAUGUAUGUAUUUUUCCAAAAUUGUUUUCAUUGUUCGCAUUAAAUGAUAUUAUUCAAG